CCGACCGAAACAAAAGCUGUAGACAGCUAUUUACAGUCCUGGAGACAGCUGCAGAAAUUAUUAUGUGUAGGAAACGAGUCGUAAAUGUCCCAUAACUUUUUAUCGGCUUUCUUCUCCGAGCGUUUACAUGCAGUUUAAUUUAUAAAUGAACCAAAGGACGAUGAAAAUAUAUAGACCGUUUCAUGUCUGUGAAAAAUGUGCAGCUUAGCGAGCGCACAAUUUGUGUUAAAUAGAAAGCUAGCUACCAGCAACGACUACGAGAAGCCAUUCAGCAAUAUUUCUCAUCACUAGCCGCCAAACAUGAAGGAGACAUGACGAUGAAGCAGAGAGCGUCGUCCUUCUGUCUGUGAAGGUGUCAAACAUUAGUCUCAUCUGUGUUGGUCUUUAAUCAAGAAGAAAUGAAUUUCUUGCGUAAUCGUCUGGUUGUUCUGGGCCUGGUGCUGUUGGCCACAUUACUUCUGUACCUGCUGCUACCGUCCAUCCGCCAGGGCAGCAUGGAGCCGUCUCUUGAGGCUCAAGGAAUGGGACUGAUGUCCACUUCGCCUCCACCAAUUCCAACCAUCAACGUGUCUAUCCGCACAGGACAGCUUCCAGGGGACCCUCCACUGUUUUUCAGAGAAGCUUUACCUGUUGAUGGAGCUGGACGACAGAUAUUGCCAAGGCUUCAAGUGGUCCUUCUUCAUGGCCAGGCCUUCACAUCCAAAACCUGGGAAGAACUUGGCACAAUGGCCCUUCUGGCGACUCAUGGAUAUCAAGCCUUAGCAAUGGACCUGCCAGGGUAUGGAAAAUCGCCGGACUCAGAGGCUUUGAAGACAGAACAGAAUCGUGUGGACCUCAUUUCAAGGUUCAUGGAGUCCUUGGGCGUCAGGGCAGCUGUGCUUUUGAGCCCCUCCAUGAGUGGACACUACUCCAUUCCCUUCCUCAUAAAAAACAACGCUCAGCUACAUGGCUUCGUUCCCAUAGCGCCAGUUGGUACCCGAAGUUACACUCCACAACAGUACCAAAGUAUUCCGACCCCCACCCUGAUUGUUUAUGGAGCCCUGGACACAAAUCUGGGUGCACAGUCCCACAAGAACCUCAUACAACUUCCUCAUCACUUUGUGCUGAGGUUAGAAGGAGCCCGCCACGCCUGCUACAUGGACAAACCCAGAGAAUUUCACCAAGGAUUGAUCGACUUCCUCAGCACACUGAAGUGAGGUGUAAAGCUGAGGAUAAUAAAGAGGCAGAAAGAUGGAAACAAAAUAAAGAAGAGGAAAAGGUGGAUUAACACGAGUACUAAGUGUUGAUCUGUCUACAGUACGAAGUAGUCAUAUUAUCACCUGAAAAAAAGGAUGUGGUCAUUCGAGCAGGGUUUAACACAUGAAAAUGACAUGUCAAAUCUUGUCCUGACAGUUAACACUGAAUUAUUUCAGAUGUUUUUAUUAUUUAAGUUUUUUCUUUGAGUUUCCCAUUCACCCAAAAAUGUGAGACUAGUUCAUCUCAGCUCAUUUUAAAAAUAGACUUGUACAGUAUAGUGGGGAGUUUUGUUUAAUGUGUUUCAUGUCUGUCUCUGCAUGUAAAAACAUGGAAUGUGUUUGUUUCACUGUUACUAUUUUUUAGGUGACAUUUAGGUCACUGUAAAUAUGCAAAUGUAGCAGGUGUCUGUGUUUGAAUAGCUUCUGUUUGCUUCCCUUUGACAAACACAUUUUUACAAGAUCUAUUAAACAUUCUAGCGUCCAACAAAAAGUAAUGCUUCGUUUGAAAAGAGCAAACAUAACUGGAAGGAAAAAAAAAAAAAGAAAAUAGAACAAAUAAAUUGAUUUUAAAACAAACAAACAUGUAUGUAUAUAAUGGAGAUGAAGUUAUAUGUAAUAUAUAUUUGCAGUAAGUUUGGACAAUCAUGUGAAGAACAAACUUAAAAUAAGAAAUAUGCAUAGCUUAAAAUAAAAACAGAUUGUUUAA